AUGCCAUUACUGUCAAAAUCGUCAUAUAUUGCAAUUGAAAGUCGAAGACUUAGAGAUAUGCUGGAGGAGAAUUUUCUUUGGAAACCCGUCGCCUUUGUAGUAAAAAACUCAGCUCAAGCCAUUGUCAGUAAUGCUCUCUGCAAAUUGGGAAGACCACCUUUUCAGCCAGCAUUGAUCAUCUUUCUCAAGAAAACGGACCAGAAGGACGCUAAUGAAGUCCGGAAAGUGAGUUCGAUGGAGGAUCCGGCCAUCUUAGAGUUCGUGUACGAUUUGGGUACGACCCUAAACAAUCGUCGCGGAGAGUUCAACUUCGUCUUAACAAACGAGAAACUCCAUAUGUAUGUAUGUGAGGAAACUGUCUCUGAGACCUUCAUCACACAAAUUUGCGAGGCUUGUGGCGGUGCUCUCUUCGGAGAUGUCCAAGAACAUCGAGCGGGCGGCGUCUUCAAGCUAAUAGAUCAAAUGGAACGAAUCGCUGGUACCAAGGUCACUGUCACUACUUACAAUGAAGAAGAACCACAAAGAGGAUAUGGUCCGGGUCUGAUUUCGUGGGCGAGGAAUACCACAAGAGACCUCACAAGGCUGUUUUCGAAAGAUGCAGAUCGCGACGAUGUGCUGCCACAACACAACGACUCUGAGACGACCCAAGCAUCCGCAUCAGUCAAUAUCGAGUUGACGCCUGCGCAGGAUCUUCUGCUAUUGGCCUGUAUGCAGCAAAGCCAGGGCAGCCAGCUCUUCCUUCAGGACAGCAUCCGGGCAAUAAAAAGCGAUCGACAGCUCUUCUACUUCAUCCGAGAGCAAAUAUCACGUAAUCGCAGGACACGCUGGACUUCUCGGGUGCUGAAGACAGUGAAUGAAAUACAGUUUACAAAGCUCCAUCUACGGCUAAACAACGAUAUAGAGCCGCGUCUGCAUAAGCCUUGUUGCAGACAAGACGGCUGCCAGUGCAUCCCACUGAACUCAAAUGCAGAGUACGAUUGUAUACCAGCUGGGCCUCUAGCCUACGGACCUCCUGUCUUGCCCGCGAAGAUGUUGCAUUACUUCCAACACCCGGAACUGAUCGCUGAAGAGGAGAUGUCCGUUUUCAAUCAACUCCCAAAGCGGAACUGCGGUGAAAUACAGGCUACGGGACAGGCGCCAGCAGAAGGAUGGGGCCUGUACUAUGAAGAGAAUUGGAACAUUGGUUUGAUCAUCGUUGUGAUGGUCGCUAUUGUCAUUCUGGCCAGUGUCUUGUUUGGCAUCUGCUGGACAUUGGUAAAGGCUGAUAUACAAGGUGCAUGGGGGGUUAGUUCGUACAUGGUGACGGCAUGUGGACUUGUUGUAGCUUUGCUCAGUAUGAUGGGUCGAGCGAGGAGUGAAUAG